CCAUCCUUUAAGAGAGAGCCAGUGUGCGGCCGCUUGAACGCGGAGAGGGCGUGCAGGAACGAACGCUGCUUCUUUGUUAACCUGCUGAAAUUGUCGCCUCUCACGGCGAAUUCACUGCCCUUCACCUCGGUGCUGGACCGACGACACGGGGAGUGUCUGUGUGAUUCUUCAGGAGCAGCGGAGGCGGCGUUUUGAACGGACCUGCAGUGUGCCUCAUAACCAACCACAGCUUUUUGUGACGGAAUGAAACCAGAUGGGUCUAACAUGGACACCACAGACUCUCGGGAACCCACGGAGGAUGCUGCCGUUGCAGAGCAGUCAGCCUCCCAAGAGAACAUAACGGGUCAAAUCAGACCACAGCCAGAACAUGCUGGAAAUGAUGCAGAACCUGGGGGUGCUGAGGCAAACGGGAAACCUGAGGCUGCUGCAGGAAAUAAGGUCAAGCUUCAGGCUGUGGCUCCCAAGAUUAAUCACACGAGUACUUCCUUGCAUCGCAUGACCAGGGUGGCUCCGUCUACCAACGACUCAGGAAAGUUGAUGUCAAAAAAGGGAGCCACAGCCGCGCCGACAGCAAAGGUGCCGGCAUCCAAGACACUUGCUGGAAAAUCAUCAUCAGUGGGAGCUGUAGCCAAGAGACCGACUGGAGCGGCGGCUGGUCCCUCCUCAGUCAAGAACCAAACUAAGGUGCCUGAUAAGAAGCCCGCUGGACCAACAGCGGCGACAAAAACGGCUUCUGCAGCAACAAAGUUAAGUAAACCACCAACCACAAAUGGUGUUCCUAAGAAAAAAACAGACUCUGUUGGCGUCACCAGACCUCAAGGCACAACAACAGCUGGUAGAUCCAUGGCGUUCAAAUCAGCUGCAGCAAGACCUGAAAGCGGUGCAAUUCCAAAGACAAGCAGGCCUGCAUCAGCCCAGUCAGCAUCACGACCCGCGACGUCCAGGCCCAACACCGCUCCACCCAGGACAACAUCCACCUCUGCCGCUGCUGGGAGAACUGCCACUUUUAAAGCGAGCGCAGCUCCCUCUACAGGCAGGAGCACCACAGCGCAUGGUCCCAAAGCUGCAGCUGCAAAAAAAGAUGUCAGUCAACCACCGCCUGCUGCAGCCAUUUCCAAAAGACCUCCUGCAGCCACAAGGAUGCCGCCCACCAAAAAGGCUGAACCCCCCAAACCUUCAGCCACUGCAAAGCCCUCAUCUGUUCCAAAACUGCCCGCAAAAGCAACGAGUCGCAAUGUGGUGCCGAUGAAACCACAGAAGCCUGCAAAUCCUGGCCCUGCGAAAAAGCCAGAGGCUCCUUCGUGGCCUCAUCUUGCAGUGAAGCCGCUGCUUAGCAAAACCCCUCCUGCCUCUCCAGCCAGCAAGCCCGGCAAAUAUGGCACCCAACAGGCGAGGCUCGGAAGCAAGCCCACUCAGGCAGUCUCUCCUUACAUUGCUGUCAAGAAGACAAAGUGUCCUUCGUCCGCAGCAGCAGCCAGGCCUGCAGUAGGCAAGCCUGCUGCAUCUGCUCAGGCAGAAUCAGACUGUACAGUUGCGCUGGCACAGUCUCAACCUGCAGCUCCGUCAGCACCAGAGAGAAUCUCAACGCCACCUUGUACUGAGACUGUACCGUCAGCAGUCGCUGCUCCAGAAGCUGCUUCAGUUCUCCCUGCCUCUCCUCCUCAGAGUUCCCCUGUGACCUCGGCAGUAGAAUCAGCUCCGAUAAUGGAGUCCGUUGCUUCCUCAUUGCCUAAUGAUAAGCAGGAUCCAGCGCCAGUCACAGCAACCUCGCCGCCAGUUCCCAAUGAAGAACCAUUUUACCUGUUAACAAACCAAACCGUCAGUAAACCUGCCCUCACUGUCGGCGCUAGCUCCAUCCCUCAGGUUCAGUCGGCUAAUCUGAACGACGACGACGAUGAGGAGGAACGGGAAGGAAGCCAGCUGGUGUCUGUGUCUGAAAUGAGCGGGACAACACAACCCACUGAAGAGUCCCGCCCUGGCUCUGCCGGUCCUGUAGGAGGGUCUGCGUGGAGGGCGCCUGGAGCCUUGCUGUCGGAGCUGGACUCUGAGGAGGUGAGUGGCAGCCAGCAAGGCGCAUCCGAGCUGAGUGCUCCCGGGGUGCUGGAGGGCACUGAAAGCACGGAUGACCUGGGAGAUGGCAGUCUGAAAGGAGCGUCUGCAGGCUCGCCGGACUUCGAGAAGUUCCCUGACAUACCUGCCAACGACUUUGAGGAGGAUGAGGACGAAGAGGAUGACAACGACCGAGUGUGUGACAUGGAUGUGGGCUCAGAGCGCGCGGAUGAACCUCAAAGGAUCCGGCAUGACAACGACUUGGAUGAUGAGGAGGAUGACGACGUGGACAUGGCCAGCGAAGGCGUGACUGAGAGUGGGCUGGAGAGCUACGGCAAUGCCGACGAGGACGACUUUGCAGAGGACGAAAGGUUGGACAACUUGAACAGGUUAGCCCAGCCGCCACCUCCGCCCGAGCUGCCCUCGGCUCCAGCUGCUCAGUGGGAUCAGCCUAACCCCUUUAACCCCUGGCAAGAAACCCCUCAACCCCAAGAGUCGCAGCUGCUGGUCGACUCGGUCUCACAGUCGGCAGAGCAGAUUGGAGCAGCUGCCGCAAGCCCGCUGACCGAGCCCUGGCAGGCAGACUCCCUAACACCCACCUCUACCAAAGCCUGGCAGGAAGCUGAAGCGGACGCUGCUUCCUCUGCCAGGGAAGAGGAGGGCGUGUGCGUGGAUCUGAACAUUUCUGCUCAAACGCUGGCUCCGCCUCCUGCUUCUGCUCAUGCCAUGUCUCUGUCAAGCACUGUGAGCAGUGAGGGCAGCACCCCGGAGGAGCCUGCAGACCAAAGUCAGAAAGGGAUUCCUGAAACCUUGGAGGAUCCUGGCCAGUACCUGGAGGCAGGGCACAAGCUUGGAGGAAGUGAGGAAGGCCUCGUGGAGGUCGCUGCUGAUACAAACCAAGAAGGGCUUGCAGCUGCCUCGACUUCCAACCCUUCGUCAUCCUCUGUGACAGAAGAUGAGGCCAGCGACACUGAGGGAGAGGCACAGCUUGACGACGCUUUCGUGCCAGAAAGUGCCACCACAGACGUGCUCCAGAUCAAACCCUCGGCGCGGCGCUGCCUAUCUACUCUGGACGAAGGCGACGAGCCUGAGGCUGACACGUCAACGCCGCCCUCGGCUACUUCCCUCGCAUCCUACGGCUUCGACACCACGACCACGGCGUCCACCUCCAACGCACAGUCGACUGGAGAGAGCUGCAUUAAGAGCCCUGGCAUCUUUUCCCUGGAGGAGCUUCCCGAGGAGGCAAAAGAGCUCGGCAUUGGUCCGGCACCCAACGACCUGCCACACGUUGGAGAGCCACAGUACUUGCAGUGCGAGAAGCUGGAAGCCGAAGUUCCUGUUGAAGAGAACGUUCCAGGAUUACAUGAGACCACAGCUCCUCCGAGCUUUCAGGGGUUGCUGAGGGAGAAAACGGAGGACGCCCAGCCUCCGUACUAUUCUGCUAUCUGCGAAAAGUCGGAGAACUCUUUCCCAGGCUUCACUGCGCUGCCGCACCGCCGUGAUCACGCUGCACACAGCAGAACCUACUGUGACCUGGUCAAACCCCUCUGCGCUCCGGCCUCCCCGCCUCGGCUGACCUGUGCCGACCUCCCGCCUCGGAGCGCGGGGCAGCAGGCGCUCAGCCCCCAGCUGCGCCGGCUGGAGCAGCACCAGCGGCAGCUGCAGGAGAUGCAGCAGCGCCGAGACCAACAGAACAGACCUCUGGAGGAAGCUGAGCAGGAGAGGAAGCGGAGGGAGGAAGAAGAGCUGAGGAGGAAGAAGGAGGAAGCCGAGGAGGAAAUAAAAAGGAACGAAAAGAUGCAGAGCGUCCAGACGGCUGCGGCAGCUGAGGACGACGAAGAGAUGAAGCAGAGGAGGGACCUGGAGCUGCAGCUCCAGCAGCAGCAGGAGGAGCUGAAGCAGCGGCAGCAGAUCAUGCAGUGGCAGCAGGAGCUGCAGCAGUCUGCCAAGGUCCAGACUGUCGUACUCUCCCCUUCUUCGGGGCUGUGCACCAUCUACGAGGCUCUGGAGAGUGGCGAUGAAGAGGGGGAGGCUCACCGGGCUCAGGUGAAGGAGCACGUGCCGGGAGAGGAGGCCGGAGAGAAAGUAAAGCUCUCUGAAGUGGAGCGUCCACCUCCCUCCAACCCUGAGGUCGUGCCCUCACCCACCCCUCCUGAACCCGUCUCACCGUUUGAAAUGGAGUGGGGUAAGAAAGUUGACAUCGUCCAGCAGCUGAUCAAUCAGACUUUGCUGCUGAACGGAGAUAGCUGCUCCUCCCUGCUGCUGCUCCCCGGAGGCACAGGAGGGAAACUCAGUCCUCUGGAGAGCAGCCUCUGGCCUGCCCUGCUCCCCCCUCUCACCCCACCUUCCGCCACCGUCACCUCGGUCAGCAGUUUCUCCCCAGAAGCCGCAGGCAGCUCGCCCCAGGGAGAGUGGACGGUGGUGGAGCUGGAGACGCAUCACUGAGGCGUCGCCAUGCCAAGGGCUCCAAUCCUAACUGUCGGUGCUACAGGGUCCACCUCACUUUCCCUCCAGGUUCAUGCUCAUUUAUGCAAGAUCUUUAACAUUCCGACCUUCUGAGGUAGUGCCUUCUCCGCCUGUCCACGUGCUCCUCUUAGAACUAGAUCACAAGUUUGGUUUUCCUCCUUACAGACCAGCAUUAAUGUGCUCAUGUUCAUCAGGCACUGGCCCAAGUUAGUAUGCGAUCAUCUUAAAGCAGGAUGGAAUGACUUCUUGCUGGCACAUUGUCACACCCGAAGUACAGGCCAUUCCAUCCUGGUCACACUGAUAGUGUUGCUUUGUGGUUCCAUUAUUUUACAGCUGAUGCCUGAGCUGGAACUUCAAAAUCUGAAGUUUUUUUUUGGAGCCUGAGACGAACGAGCAAAGCACUUGGAUCACUUUUCAAACUUUUCAGCAGCUUUGUGUUUCAGUCCAGGGGCAUUUCCAACACUAUGCUAUGUCAUUAUGUCCGUCGUGUUCCUUAUUUAUUGAUUUAAAUUUCUAAACGUGGCACAAAAGCUCUUGUAACACAGUAACUACUGUGGUGAACAAUGUACAAGUGGAUUUACCUGAGCAAGAGUCGACCUUUAGUGUUGUUAAGGGUCACAUAAGCAGCAGCACAUGAAAGUAUAAUAAAUGUUAAGGGAGGAUGUUCAUACCUCUGAUACCUAGUCUAGUCACUGUCUGCAUCAAGUCACCAUGACUCUGCAGAAAUGUUAAAAUGGCGGCAAUGGUUCUUGAACAAUUCUGCCAAAAAAAUCAUGUUCAUGAUGCACAACGCUUUACAUAAUGAUUGAAAGCGUGUAGAACAAACCCAUUUGUGGUGAGUUAAUGUUUUUUGUCUUGUCUAAAAAAUCUGAGUUUCCUGAGUCAUUCUGCAGAUUUUUUUUUAUGUCACUGGUUUGAUGCCUUCAUUUCGAUUUGUGAUGCAAACUGGCCGUAUGGGCUUUGAACCUUCGGCCGACACCUCCGGUCACUGUUUGGAUGUUUCAUUCCAAAGAUCUACUGUGAGGCUCAGAGCGACUGCUGUAACGGUCAGGUGCGGUUGAAGCGGGUACAUUUUUGCUCUUCAUGGAAAAACUCUAGCGGUACGAGAAGUGAUUGUAAUAUGUAAACUUGGACGUCGUUUUAAAUGCUUUACAACACAGUCCCAUCCCGACAGCGAAUAUUUAGUUUUUCAUCUGCACAGUCACCAAAGCGUCAUGUAGCGUCUGAAAAGCGAACCAGCUCCAUCUGGUGGUCAAACGUGAGCGUGAAGCGCACAGCAUCGAUGAAAUGUGUAUUUUUUUUAAUGUUGUGAGAAAUCUUGUCUUGUCAUUGAAGACUACACACUGUAAAAGAGACAUUUUGUACGUUAUAUAUUUAGAAGUAUAGUCGUCUAUAGAUGUCUUAUUUGCAAUAGGUGGAAUGAAGAUGUCAGCUGAAUGUUUGUGUGCACUGCAGAACUGUGAGUCAGCCGGAAUUUAUUUUUUAAAUAAAGCAAAAAAAAAAAGAUGGCGUGUUAAAUUAUAAGAAAUGGCCAAUUUGUUGUAAUGAAGGUGAUGAGCCUGAAUCUUGGCAGCUUCCUUUGAAGAGAGAAAUGUGUUAAUGUGAAAUAAAUUCAUUGUGAUUUGUGCAAA